UGUUUGUGUUUUCAGUAGAGUUUCACUGUAGUUUUGUGUACUCCUGUGUUUGACAGAAUCUCGUGGGUCACCUCUACCUGCCUCCGCUUUGCAUAAAAGAAAUGUUGAACUGAAUGUUUUCUGUAAAAUCACAGACUAUUGGAACACUACUUUAGGCUGCCUCUGUUUCUUAUCAUGUCGUGCACAGAUAAAGGCAAUAUGUGGUGAGGAGGAUGGGAAAGUAUUUUGUUUUAUUCUCUAAGCGUUUGCCAUCGCACAUCUGCCGAGUACAUUUGGGUCCUUUUAUUUUCAUUUGUUGUUUUGUUUGUCUUUAUGGUAAUCAUGGCAACCUUAAAAGUGAGAAGUAUUGAAAUUUGAUCAGGAACGCUACAAAGUGCAAAACGAGCACAUGUGGGAGGAUUCCAUACACAUUGUGUCGCCUCCGUCACUCAUUUGUGAGAAAUGAGGAAUAAACAGUGGCUUGUUGUUGCCUAAGAAGUGUGGGCAUGUUUUAGGAAGAAGAAGAAAAAGAAGAAGAAGAAGAAGAAGAAACUGUAAUAGAUCCAACUUCCUGUCAGUUGGAGUCAGACUGUUAGCGGAUGUGCAGAAAUAAGAUGAACUUGGCUUCAGUGACUUUUUUCGUUGUUGCCAUGCUGAAAGUCUCAAGGGCUCAGACUCCUACACCUUCACAACAGAUGGAGCACAUGACGAGCAACACGGAAAAGCCAACAACAAUCCCCACUGCUCCCAGUUCCACUGGAAAAAGAACAGAAAGCAGAGAGGCAGGAACUUCCUCUGUUGACUAUACCGCAGAACAGAAUGUUACCUUCAACCAAAUGGGUGGCAACUCCACCACACCAGGAAAUAACAUCCCAGUUCCUGCAGCGAGCUCAACAAAGCAGACACAAGAGAGUUACACAACAACUCCACCUACAACAUCUCGAGCAUCAACAUCUACCCCGCGUGUAACAGAGCGAACCACCACAAAGAGGAUCCAUCACACUGGUGCCUGGGAUUCAAAAUGGGAUCAAGAUUUCACAUAUGAUUAUGUGUCUCUGCGUCAUGCUGGACUGUCUAUUGCAGCGGUGCUCUUCAUCGUGGGCAUCAUGAUCUUUAGCUGUCAUAAGGUCUGUCGGUUCCCCAAGUGUCGCAGGCGUUCAUCAAAGACGUACCAGGUGGUCAGAAGAUAACCAGAGAGCGUGUGUACGCGGACAAAUGUAAGGAGCUGCAGGAAAUCCUCAGAGCGCUUCAGGAGAAACAUGCACAAGAAAUAAGUGACUGCACCCUCCUUAGUAACGGGAACAUACCAAACACUGAAGGCAGACGUUAUGACUCAUACUGACAAGUGGAAAAAAGUGAGAUUUUAGUAAAUGUUUCCAAAACAAUAGUGUGUGUGUGUGUACAUAUUUUUGUUACCUGAUAAAAAAGGUGAUUCUCAUUUCAGUCACAGUGGCAGCCAUGAAGCAGGCUGGUAACCUUUUGCCUUUUAAUCACUAAAAUAUCCAGAGGCAUAGUUUCAUAGCCAUAUGUAAAAGUUAUUAAAAAAAUAAGACAACACUUUAUCGGACAAUCUUGCAUGAGGAUUAGAAGACGCUUGGUGUUGCCUCUCCUCUAGGCUGUUUACUGACAAGUGGUGUUUAGUGGAGAAUGUUUAAGCAGGUUAUAGGAUUCAUGCUGGUACAGAAAGAGUUCGACGCAGCAUACCUGCAUUUUGAACACAAAGAGAGACACCAUAAAUCAAAUUUUCUCAGUUUAAUGUCAAAAUUAAGAAAAUCCAGAGGUGACCAUAACUACAAAACAUCUCUACUGUACAUGCAUUUUUUUUUUCUGAAAUCAUUUCAGUUACAACAAAAAUCCAAAAUGCUGCAGCUGAGCAAAUAUGCAAUUCAUGGUGUGCAGCCUGUAAGAAGUGUUUCAUUAUGAGAGUCAUAUAUGUACAUGCCUCGUCAUUUAUUGA